ACUACUAAUUUACUACUACUACUACUAAUUUAGACUACUGUUUUUUAAUAAGAGAUAGAAUUGGAUUUUAAAAAUUUUUACCUUGACAGCUAGUGACAAAUAAGUGUUUUUGACAGUUCGGAAAAAUCACAAAAAAGAAAUCAACAUCAUAAAUAAAUUUUUCUGUUUUAUAUGUUUUAAAAUAAACGUUUAGUUAGUGCUUAAGCUAAUUAGUUCUUAUCAAAACAAAUAUGAUAAAAUUAUUUUCCCUCAAACAACAGAAAAAAGAUGGAGAAGCCUCGCCAAGGACUGGUAACCAGAAAAAGGCCUCUGCUGCCCAACUGAGAAUCACAAAAGAUAUAAAUGAAUUAAACCUUCCGAAAACUUGCACAACAGAAUUUCCCGAUCCGGAUGACCUCCUAACAUUUAAGUUAGUUAUUUGCCCAGAUGAGGGCUUUUACAGAACAGGACGAUUUGUGUUUAGUUUCAAAGUAGGGCCCAACUAUCCGCACGAGCCACCAAAAGUGAAAUGCGAGACGCAGGUUUACCAUCCCAACAUCGAUCAACAAGGAAACGUGUGUCUAAAUAUCCUACGUGAAGACUGGAAACCUGUACUCACAAUCAAUAGCAUCGUGUACGGUCUUCAGUAUCUCUUCUUGGAACCUAAUCCAGAAGACCCGUUAAACAAAGAGGCAGCCGAAGUGCUGACAAACAACAGAAGAUUGUUCGAACAAAACGUUCAAAAGGCCAUUCGCGGAGGAUAUGUUGGUGGUAUUUAUUUUGAGCGUUGUUUAAAGUGAUGGACUGUCGUAUGUGAAAGAACUUACUAUAAGUUAAUAAAUGCCUCUUUUGCAAGGACCCCAUUUAAAGUGGUUAAACGAUAAUCUUAUAACGUAAAGUAAAUCUAAUCAAAAAUCUUUAGUUGAUAAAUGUUUUCAUUUGUAGAUCCUGAGUUUAGGCAGCAUUGCAACAAGAAAUUUAAGCAAUGGAAGAACUACCUCUGAAUGUUAUUUUUAUUUUGAGAAAAAUGCUGUUUCUCGGGAGGUUUAGGUGUUUUCGAAAUCUUUGUGAAGAAUUGUCGCGUGUUAAAUCUACAAAUUGUUGUAAAUUAUGAUAACUUAGGAACAAAGGCUUUUUCAAUUAAGUUUAAGUUUGUUUUAUUGUUGUCCAUUUAAUCUUAAUUUAUUUUUAUUCAUUUAUAAGCAGCAUAGGA